GCCCGCGGGGACCCGGAGGGAGGCGGGAUUGCGGGGAGGGCCCCGGGCCGCCCCCUUCCGCCCUGCCCGCCCACCAGGAGCUCCAGACUCAGAGGCAAAAGCCGGCGGCGCUCCCUGCGCGCCCCACCUGCUCCGCACGCGGAUCCUACCUGUGGAGUCCGCGGGGGACGGGGGGAGGGCGCCCCCUCGGAGGACACCAAUCCUUUCUCCUCCUUCGAAAACCUCCCGCCCAGCUACCCGCGUCUCGGACAGGAGGCGCUGGGACCCGGGACAGGGCGCCAGGCGUGCAGCUGGUGACAUGUAGAUUCCUUUCUCUGCCACCCCCCUUCCCCGCGGUCCAGCCUCGGAACCCGGGCGCCCUCCCGCCCUGAAAGUUUGGGGUUGGGCGCCAUGGCCAAGAUCAGCUCCCUGAAUGUCCGCGUGGUGGAGGGCCGGGCGCUGCCCGCCAAGGACGUGUCUGGGAGCAGUGACCCCUACUGCAUAGUGAAAGUGGACGACGAGGUGGUGGCCAGGACAGCAACUGUCUGGCGGAGCCUGAGCCCCUUCUGGGGGGAGGAGUACACGGUGCACCUGCCCCUGGAUUUCCACCAUCUGGCCUUCUAUGUGCUGGACGAGGAUACGGUGGGGCAUGACGACAUCAUCGGCAAGAUCUCGCUGAGCAGGGAGGCCAUUGCCGCUGACCCCCGAGGAAUUGACAGCUGGAUUAACCUGAGCCCCGUGGACCCGGAUGCCGAGGUGCAAGGUGAGAUCUACCUGGCUGUGCAGAUGCUGGAAGAUGUGCGGGGCCGCUGUCUUCGCUGCCAUGUGCUCAAGGCCAGGGACCUGGCCCCCCGAGACAUCUCCGGCACGUCUGACCCAUUCGCGCGUGUGUUUUGGGGCAGCCAGAGCUUGGAGACUUCGACCAUCAAGAAGACUCGCUUCCCACACUGGGAUGAGGUGCUGGAGCUGCGGGAGAUGCCAGGCGCCCCCUCCCCACUGCGGGUGGAGCUCUGGGACUGGGACAUGGUGGGCAAGAACGACUUCUUGGGCAUGGUGGAGUUCCCCCCGAAGGUCCUGCAGCAGAACCCACCCAACGGCUGGUUCCGUCUCCUGCCCUUUCCCAGAGCUGAGGAGGAUUCUGGGGGGAACCUGGGUGCCCUGCGGCUGAAGGUGCGCCUCCUGGAGGACCGCGUGCUGCCCUCACGGUGCUACCGGCCACUCCUGGAGCUGCUCAUGGAGUCCGUGCUGCAGCCGGCAGAGGAGGACGUCUGCAGCCCCCUGGCUGUGCUGGAGGAGCUGACCUCGGGGGACUGCCGCCAGGACCUCGCCACCAAGCUGGCGAAGCUCUUUCUUGGCCAGGGCCUGGCUGGGCCCUUUCUGGACUAUCUCACCCGGCGGGAGUUGGCGCGGACCACCGACCCCAACACCCUCUUCCGUUCUAACUCCCUGGCAUCCAAGUCCAUGGAGCAGUUCAUGAAGCUCGUGGGCAUGCCCUACCUGCACGAGGUCCUGAAGCCGGUGAUUAGCCGCGUCUUUGAGGAGAAGAAGUACAUCGAGCUGGACCCGUGCAAGAUGGACCUGGGCCGCACCAAGAGGCUGUCCUUCAAGGGCCCGUCCUCAGAGGAGCACGUGCGGGAGGCCAGCCUGGGGCUGCUGAUGGGCUACCUGGGCCCUACCGUGGAUGCCAUCGUGGGCUCCGUGGGGCGCUGCCCGCCUGCCAUGCGCCUGGCCUUCAAGCGGCUGCAUCGGCGUGUGGAGGAGCGCUUCCCCCAGGACGAGCACAAGGACGUCAAGUACCUGGCCAUAAGCGGCUUCCUCUUCCUGCGAUUCUUUGCACCUGCCAUCCUCACCCCGAAGCUGUUUGACCUCCGGGACCAUCACGCAGACCCCCAGACCGGCCGCUCACUGCUGCUGCUUGCCAAGGGGGGCCCGGCCAGGGCCCUGGUCCCGCCCUCCGUGACUGUCCGAGAAGGCUACCUGCUGAAGCGCAAGGAGGAGCCCGGCAGCCUGGCCACACGCUUUGCCUUCAAGAAGCGCUACUUCUGGCUCAGCGGCGAGACCCUCUCCUACUCCAAGAGUCCCGACUGGCAGAUGCGCUCCUCCAUCCCCGUGUCGCACAUCCGCGCCGUGGAGCGUGUGGACGAGGGCGCCUUCCAGCUGCCGCACGUGAUGCAGGUGGUGACGCAGGACGGCUCGGGGACGCUGCACACCACCUACCUCCAGUGCAAAAACGUGAACGACCUCAACCAAUGGCUGUCGGCCCUGCGCAAGGCCAGCGCCCCCAACCCGGACAAGCUGGCCACCUGCCACCCCGGUGCCUUCCGCGGCGCGCGCUGGACCUGCUGCCUCCAGGCGGAGCUCUCAGCUGCUGGUUGCAGCCACACACACUCGGCCGUCACCCUGGGAGACUGGAGUGACCCCCUGGAUCCCGAUGCUGAGACGCAGAUGGUGUAUCGGCAGCUGCUCCUGGGGCGGGACCAGCUCAGGAUGAAAUUCCUGGAGGAUUUCAACAUGGAUUCAAGUCCGGAGGCAGACAUGGAGGACUCCGGGGCCAUGGAAGGGGCCUGUCCCGAUGCCCUGGCUGGGCAGAGAGAAGCAGCGGCCCGCCUGCUGGAGGUGCUGGAGGACCUGGAUCGAGCCCAUGAGGAGUUCCAGCGGCAGGAGCAGAGGAAGGCGGUCUCGGGUCCCCGCGGGCCCUGAGGAAAUGCCACAGGCAGCCUGGGAGAAGACUGAGGAGCCACUGGGCCCGUUUCAGUGCACCCUGGCCCAGGAGUCUCCUUGCGACUGUCCUGUACCUUCUUCGUCGAUACUGAGGCUUGGAGGCUUCCGGAGACCUCCCAGUCCCACAUGCUCUGAGCCCAAAGCCUGGCGCGUGGAGGCAGGGGGCCAGCCUCGCACUGAAGGAGUCUCACUCUCUGAGUUGACUGGGUCGAGGCAGACUGGAGUGGCUGGGAUAAGGAACCUGACUCAUUUGGCUCAGCCUGAGGUCUCUGCUUCACGGGACCGGCCUCUACCCACCCCACUGAGGCUGCUGGAUACAGCUGUACCUGAAUCCCUCAUGCCCAUGUGGCCUUGUUGCCCUAGGCAAGCACUAAACAGGCUCAGCCCUUCCUGUU